UGAAUUUAGGCAGUGCUGUCGUAGGUGUAAUAGUGCCGCCUUUUUUCUAACAUACAAUUCAGCAGAAUUUUUGUUCUCAGCUCUAUGAACAUUUAGACACAGUAUGUCUUUUAACAAGAACAGUAAAAGAAACUCUACGGACGCUCUUCUUGCCGACGAGGUCACCUGUCCUAUUUGCAGUAGAGUGUUUGUCGUGUCCGAGAUAGAGGAGCAUGUCGAUCGAUGCAUUUUUCUCAAUUCGCCGUCUUCCAACUCAAAGAAGCCGGCAACUAGAGGAGCCUCGACAACACAGUCUGCAGUAUCUAAAAGGCCCAGUCCAUCGGCCCAAAGUUCCUCUGACCAAGCUGAAUCGCAGCCAUUCCUAUCCAAGAAGCAGAAAAUUUUGGCAGACGAACCUCCAGAGGAACAAGUCAAAGCUGAGCCGAAACCUGCUCAAAAUGAUGACGCUGUGCAAAAAAGUGAGAAGAAACCACUUCUUGCUUUCGAGGCCAGCUUGAGCAAUGCUGUACCUUUAGCUGAACAGGUUCGUCCAAAGAACCUGAGCACUUUUGUAGGCCAGGAUAAGGUGGUUGGAAAGAGCAGCAUUCUCAGGUCACUUCUUCGAGAGGGAGAAAUCACAAGUAUGAUCCUCUGGGGCCCGCCUGGCUGUGGCAAAACAACACUUUCAAACAUCAUCCACUCCUAUUGCAAGGAAGGCAGGAUUCGGGCACGUUUUGUCAAAAUGUCGGCAGUGACAUGUGGAGUGAAUGAUGUCAAAGAUGUGGUCAAAGCGGCCAAAGGAGAGAUGUCCCUGACCAAGAACAGGACUGUAUUGUUCAUGGACGAAAUCCACCGUUUUAACAAAACGCAGCAGGACGUGUUUCUUCCCCAUGUAGAAUCGGGAUUGAUUGUCUUGAUUGGAGCAACUACAGAAAACCCCUCAUUUAGUCUGAACAACGCCUUGCUGAGCAGGUGCAGGGUUCUAGUUCUGGAAAAACUGUCUUCAGAGCAAGUGAUUUCCAUCCUGUCCAAUGCUCUUCAGUCGCUUGGUGCUUCAGUGGUUUCAGACAAUAAUGAUCAAGCGUCAAAGUUGGCUGUAGAAGACCAGGCGCUUAAGUUUUUGGCUGACAUCUGCGACGGAGAUGCUAGAAUCGCGUUGAAUUCCCUGCAAUUGGCUUUCCAAUCCAAAAUGCAUGCAGGUGAUGACGCUAGAGUGGUCGUGACCCUAAACGACAUCAAAGAGGGCAUCAAGAAAUCGCACAUGCUGUAUGACAGGGGCGGCGAGGAGCACUACAACAUCAUCUCGGCAGUGCACAAGUCCAUCAGGGCCUCAGACCAGAAUGCAGCCCUCUACUGGACCACCAGGCUCAUUGUCAGUGGCGAAGACCCUCGAUAUUUGGCCAGGCGGCUGGUGAGGGCAGCUGUCGAAGAUGUUGGUUUGGCAGACCCUGCAGCCCUUCCUUUGGCUGUGGCAGCCAUGCAGGGUUGCCAGCUGCUGGGCAUGCCCGAGGCAGACAUUCUUCUCUCAAAUUGCGCUAUUUACUUGGCAAGAGCUCCAAAAUCGAGAGAAAUGGACAAUUGUCUGGAGAGGGCAAAAGAGUGCAUUGCAAACCACAAGGGUCCUCAACCUUCUGUGCCUCUACACUUGAGAAAUGCCCCAACAAAAUUAAUGAAGGAUCUGGGAUAUGCAAAGGGUUACAGCAUUAUUCCAAGUGAAGUACCUCACCUCAAAUACAUGCCUGAGGGACUGGAGGGCGUUGACUUUUUCAAAUCAAAAUAGUUUAAUGAACAGUGUUCCUUUAAAAUAAAUAAUUAAAA